AUGACUGACACUAAUAGUUCUAACUCCGAAAAGAAAUUCGUCCGAGUUGACAUUAGUUCUGAUACUGUAUGUCCAUUUUGCUUUGUGGGCAAAAAGAAUCUUGACAAAGCCAUUGCUUCCUCUAAGGAUAAAUACAACUUUGAGAUUAAAUGGCAUCCGUAUCAACUCAACCCCAAUGCCCCUAAAGAAGGCAUUGAUAAGAGGGAGUUUUACAGAAGCAAGUUUGGAUCCCGAUCGGUUCAGAUGGAAGCUCGAAUGUUGGAGGUCUUCAGAGGAGUCGGUCUUGUUUAUAGUUUGAAUGGACUCACAGGAAACACUCUCGACAGCCACAGGCUUAUAUAUUUUUCCGGAGAGCAGGGUCUCGAUAAGCAACACAAUCUGGUUGAAGAACUAUUCCUUGGUUAUUUCACUCAGGGAAAAUACAUUGGUGACCGGAAUUUUCUUCUUGAAUCUGCUGCCAAGGUUGGUAUAGAAGGGGCAGAAGAGUUUCUUAAGAACCCUAACAAUGGGCUGAAGGAGGUGGAGGAUGAGCUUAAAACAUACUCAAGAAACAUUUCAGGGGUUCCCCAUUAUGUGAUUAACGGGACUCAGACGAUAAGCGGUGCACAGCCGACGGAGGCAUUCUUGAGAGCUUUCCAACUUGCUACAAGUUGA